AUGGGAAGAGACGUCCCUCUCGUCAGGCGCGUGUCGCUGUGCGGGAUUGGAGGAACCCCUCCCAGAUGCGAGGUGUCGGGGGCGCAGCGCGGGCGCGAGCGGUAUGCGGCCCCGACGGCAGACGCCCAUGGAGGUCGGCUAGCGGCGCGCGCGCAGCCCCCGCGCCCGCUCCCCACGCCCCGCCCCGUAGAAGCCAUGGAACUCGCUGACGUGCCUCGAUACCGACCCCUCGCCUUCGAUAAGAUGGAAAGUUUGAUCAGAGAAAUGCAAGAUUCAGAAACUGGUGUACCAGUAAGAAGCCAAAAACUUUUUCUCAGCGUAAUUCCUUCUGCUUUUAUGGGUUACGAUCUUGUCGAAUGGCUAAUGGAUCGGUUUAAUCUUGAUGAAACUAGCAACGGUGAGUUAUUGGUACACGGCGUCGUAGGUCCAUGGGCCUGGUCGCGCCGUCGCCCCGUAGACAGUAGCUUUACCGAGAGAACAGCCGUAAAUAUAUUUGAAGCAAUAAAUUUAGCCAAUCAGCUCUGCCAAUAUGGUUACUUCUUUCCAGUCAACGAUUUAAAAAACCUUGUCUUAAAGGAUGACUCUUCACUCUAUCGAUUUCAAAGUCCAUAUUACUGGCCAUGGCAAGGCCAACGGGGAGCUGGGGGAGGUACGAGCGCGCCUACCCUUGGCCCGGACAACGUGGAAUACGCUAUCUACCUUGUCAAGCGAACGUUACGCAAUAAGCAGCGUCACGGCCUCGAGGAAUACGAGCAAGAGGCGCUGGCGAACCUCAAAAAGAACCUCGCUGCCAAGUGGGACCUUAUUACUAUGCAAGCAGAGGAACAGGUUCGUCUAGCGAAAGAACGUAAGAAAGGGGAUAAAAUAGUGAGCGAUAGCCAGGAGCGCGCGUACUGGCGCGUGGCACGGCCACCACCCGGCGUGGUGAGCGCUCUCGAGCCGUGCCCCGUGCCCGUCAGGGCUAGACAUCAUCGAAAUAAAAAACGAAGCAUUCAUCAAGUCACUAGAGAAAUUGAACAUCUAAAAGCGAGCUUGGACCGUACGAGAGUGAAGACUUCAAUUGCCCUAGAGGCCCUCGUGGCCUAUUCGGAGACCUUCGCUCCCUACGAUCCCUGGCUCACCCCGCCGCAGCCCUCCAACCCUUGGGUCAGCGACGACACCCUAUUCUGGCAAAUUAACAGUCCUCUAGUGGAAGUACCCAGUGAAAAGCGAGUUCAGCGGUGGGCUCUCUCAAUAGAGGAACUGGUGUCGGACCCAACAGGGCUCAAUGAGUUUACUAGCUUCUUACGCAAAGAAUACUCGCACGAGAACAUCCGGUUUUGGCUCGCCGUGAUGGACUUAAGAAGAAGCAGUACUAAAUACAUACCAAAGAAGCUUGAGGAUAUUUUCGAAGAAUUCCUCAAGCCCGGUGCGCCGUGCGAGAUAAACAUUGAUGGCGCGACAGCUGAACGUGUUGCAGAGGGCAUGCGAAGUGGCUCCCGUUAUGCCCUUGACCAUGCAGCUGAUCAUGUCUAUAGUCUACUAUUGAAAAAGGAUUGUUAUCCACGCUUCAUACGUUCAGAUCACUUCCAGCGGCUUUUGACGGAGGGCAGGAACGUACAUCAGAAGAAAGCUAAGUUCUUUAAUUUCGGGGGUCAAGUGAAGAAAAAACCAGGCUCAACGAGCACGAGUGGGGCCGGUGGCGUGGCGCUCGCCCGGCGGCGCGGCUCGGACCGCUCGCUCACGGGCUCGGCGCACGAGCUCGCCGUGUGCGCCGCGCAGCCGCCGCGCCCGCCCGAUCAGCCCAGCCACUCACACUCACAGUCCAACCUAUGUGAUAUACCGUUCAGAGAUCCAUUGGACGACGAUACUGCUGAUGUAUUGCCGUGGGAGUGCUCGUCCCGUGACUACGGAGGUACAAGUCGUCGACGGCAGGACUCAGCCGCAGAUUCUGGCAGCUCCUCGUCUGACGUUAGCGCGGCCGUGUCAGCCGGAGAACGACUGCGCCGUCUCCCUCAGCAGAGCACUCUGGACGGUGGGCUGCGUGGAGCCCCACCACCUUUACGGCGCCUAUCUGCAGUUGAACCACGGCACCUCACACCCUUAGCUUCUCCUCCUCACUCUCCUCGACCUCCUCGCCCCGCACAGCAUCCGCCGCCUCCCGUUCCACCACCCCUCGCUCACCCCACACCCACUAUUAGCGUCAGUUCUGCUCCUGACGACGAAUCUGCUUCAGGCUCCCCAGAAGACCCACGAUCCAUCGCUCAGUCUGACGAGCCUUCUUCUGUAUUUGCAUCUGCGGAUGCAACGCCUACAGAGCCAGUACGCCAUGCAUUUAAGUGUGAAAGCCCUGAGUUGCCUAGCGAAAGCUCACAGGAAACUGAGAAGGACACUGCUUCGGACCGCCCUGUAUCAUCUAUCGUCGGUGCACCCUCGGUCGAUUCUUGUGACGACUCAGGCGUCUCCGAAUCCAAAGACUCGACCGAUCACACCAAAUCUUCAGAGGAUGACAUCAAGUCCAUACGCCGCGUGUUAUCCAGAGAACCGUCAACGAUAAAAGAAACCAGUCCGGCCUCAACUAAUGAUUUAUGUAAUAAAACUGAUUCAAAAAGCGACGGCGCUACAAUGUCUUGCGUCCAAGUGGUCGAACUAACUGUCACAGAGCCGGAGAUGGAGAAUGUUGAAUGUGUUGAAACGCCUAUGCCAAUAACAUCAGUGACGGUACCGGUAACGUCUGCAGCAAUCGCGGAAACGUCCACAGCUAUUCCAAUUACGUCCACCAAUGUGCCGGAAUCUUGUGGACUAUUGCCAGAUAUGUCCGGGCCGGCGCCACUCGCCGUCUGCGAGGACAUCGGAGUCGAUGACGACAACAUUGACAAAGUGCCUUCGGUGCCACUGCAAACAGUGUCAGAAGAUUCAAGGGAGUCCGACGAGACGAAAACAAUUGCUCAUAAAGUCGAACUGACGGCGGUCUCUGAAACCACUAUUGUUAAGCGUGAUAAUAAAGGCAUCGGUGAUCGAAAGCAGCGGAACGACAUAUGUCCCUGGGAGGACGAGAAUUCCUGUGAGAGUGAUGCUCCAUUUGUUAAAACUUAUGCAACGCUCGGUUACUUAUAA